UCACCACCCUGCGAGCACACCAUCCGCCCAUCCAGACCUGCUCACCUCCGCUCCCAAGUCUAUUGGGUGGAAAUGGCUGCUACCGCAUCUCCCUUGAGCUCGCCUCGACUCCCCAGCCCCCCGCCCAUCGCAGAAGACCAACUUGGCCCGAAGAGCCCGUCGCCAGGCACCGAAGAGCAGCAGAAGCUGUUCAGCACAUUGGACAAUGGCGCAUCAAGGAGGAUACGGCCGGGCACCAAGGCCGACGACAUGGCUGAGGGACCGCCCUUGGUGGACCUGUCCGAGAUAGAUUCUGCCUUCCAGCUCACAGAGCAUCUCAAAGCUCUGCACAACUUCCUCACACAUCCCAUCGGCACCGACUCCACCGUAGCCGUCGACCGCGACAUGGCGCUUAAGCUCGCAAACCCGCCCGACAAUAUAGACAAGACGCUGUGGCUCUACGAGCUAUGCCGGUUCCUGACGCAGAAGGUCAACGCCAUCAUCAUCGCCCUCUUCUCCGAUGACCCGCCAUGCUCGUCCACGACGUGUCCGGAGAUGCGCGCCUCCGAGUGGCAGUACCUCUGCGCCGUUCACGAUCCGCCCAAGAGCUGUGGUGCCAUUGACUACAGCUGCCAUACACUGGACUGGGCCGCCAAUACCCUUACCUCGCCCAAGAACUUCCCGUCACGCUUGGCUAUGGCGCACGACCAGAAUACACAGCACCAGCAGUACAGGAGCCUAAUAAAUAUCUUCAGGCGCGUAUACAGAAUCUUCGCGCACGCGUGGUUCCAGCACCGGGAGAUGUUCUGGAAGGUCGAAGGGCGUACCGGAUUGUACAUCUUCUUCAAGACGGUAUGCGAUGUCUAUGGCUUAAUACCCCAAGAUAGUUACACAAUCCCACCCGAGGCAGAAGGGAUGGAGGAAUCUGAGGAAACAAACACCAUCCAGCCUCCUUUGAUCCUGAGGAGAGAAUCAUCUGGAUACGCGCCAUCGGGCGACACAGGAUCUGUCCUCGACUCGGGAGACAAGAAUAGCCUCUCUACCCCAGGAACCAGCACCACGAAGCGACAUAGGCAGUCACCGACGGUCAGCUUAAGCUCCGUAUCCACCGUUGUAGAAGAAAGCGAGGAAGACGAAGAAGCGCAAGCGCAGAGCCAGGCUCCCGAAGAAACGCCAACAUUGCCAUCUUCAACCCAAGAAUCAUCCGAACCGUCCUCCCAGCCACCAGCCGCAGCCCCAGAGGAACCAACUCCAAAAAGCAUACCGUCAACUGAGCAAGACGACGAGACGGCAGAAGACGCGACAAGCCACCUCGUACCCGAUUCCGCUACGGAUGCCACCAGCGACACUGAAUCCCAAACCUUUACGCCCUCCCCAUCCUCAUCCGAGCCCGACGACCAGCCCGAAGACGCGGCUCCUAGCCAAGACGGCUCGGCACCUACUGAGCCCGCCGAAGCGACAUCGACGACUAUUACCACUACCACUGAUGACCUGGCCCCCAAAUCCACUGACUCUGGAGAAGGAGAUGCAGCGCCGGCGCCGACGACUACCGAGGAAGAGAAGGAAGACGGGCGGGAGCUGGAGAAGAACCCCACGGAAGAAACGCUCGACAGGGGCAGCGAUGAUCAGAAGGAAGAGAAGGCCGCGGGGGCGGCUGAUCCGGAGACAUCGGAAAAGCGCGAGGGGGACGGGAGUGGUGGUGAGCACGAGGGAGGUGAGGCGGCUGCUGCUUCUGCCCCUACUACUGCUGCAGAUCCUGAUAAGGAUCGGGCCACGGCUGCAAGCGAGUAG